AUGGGGAACACCAGCAGCUCUCAGAAGAUUUCUGCACAAGAUCGGGCGAUACUCGAUCUGAAGAACCAGCGCGAUAAAGUCCACCAGUACCAGAAACGCAUUACGGUGCUCACAGAGCGCGAGACGAAUAUUGCAAAAGAAUGUCUAGCUCGCAAUGACCGGCGCCGGGCCCUGCUGGCACUGCGGCGCAAGAAAUACCAGGAAUCGCUACUCGUCAAAACCGACGGUCAAUUAGCGCAGUUGGAGCAGUUGACCGGCCAGGUGGAGUUUGCGCUAGUGCAGAAGGACGUUGUAUUUGGAUUGCAGCAGGGUACGCGGGUGCUGCAAGCGAUCAACCAGGAAAUGGGCGGGAUCGAGGGCGUGGAGCGUCUCAUGGGAGAGACAGAAGAUGCAAGUGCUUAUCAAGAGGAGGUGAGCCGGAUGCUGUCUGGACAUCUGUCGAAUCAGGAUGAGGAGGAGGUCGAGGAUGAGCUGGAGGCGUUGCACCGCGACAUGGCACCUCAGGUGCCUCUGCCCGAAGUUCCCAAAGCCGACCUGGUCGAGCAUGUCCCAGAACCAGAGACGCCUGGUGAGAGAGUCAAACCGCAGGCCGAGACUCGAACACCGUUGGCUGCGUGA